AUGGCGGAAGAUCUAGCACAGAAGCUGGACUCUACAAAACUUAGCGACGAUGCGUCGGAAGACUGGAAGAAGGGUCUUACCGUUCCCACCAAAGAUACCAGAGAGCAGACUGCGGAUGUCACCGCUACUAAAGGUCUUGACUUUGAGGACUUCAACCUCGAUCGAAAACUUCUCAUGGGUAUUUUCGAAGCCGGUUUCGAGAAGCCAUCACCAAUUCAAGAAGAGGCGAUUCCUAUUGCCCUCGCUGGCCGCGAUAUACUCGCUCGAGCUAAGAAUGGCACUGGCAAGACAGCAGCCUUCAUCAUCCCAGCCCUCCAAAAAGUCAGCGCGAAGAACAACAAAGUCCAGGCCCUUAUUCUAGUCCCUACUCGCGAGCUGGCAAUGCAAACCUCCCAAGUCUGCAAGACCCUCGGCAAGCAUCUUGGCAUCAAUGUCAUGGUAACAACAGGUGGUACUAUGUUGAGAGAUGAUAUCGUGCGUUUACAAGAGCCUGUCCACGUUAUUGUUGGUACUCCUGGAAGAAUCCUCGAUCUUGCUGGGAAGGGUGUUGCCGAUCUCAGCGAAUGUUUCACUUUCAUCAUGGACGAAGCCGAUAAGCUCCUUUCUCCCGAAUUCACACCAGUCAUCGAACAACUACUCCAAUUCCACCCCAAGGAGCGCCAAGUGAUGCUCUUCAGUGCCACCUUCCCGAUCACAGUCAAGACUUUCUCCGACAAGAACAUGAAAGAUCCAUUUGAGAUCAAUCUAAUGGACGAACUCACUCUGCGCGGUAUCACCCAAUACUACGCCUUCGUUGAAGAGAGCCAGAAAGUCCACUGCCUCAACACUCUCUUCUCAAAACUCCAAAUCAACCAAUCCAUCAUCUUCUGUAACUCCACCAACCGUGUCGAACUUCUUGCUAAGAAGAUCACCGAGCUUGGCUACUCUUGUUUCUACAGUCAUGCCCGCAUGAUGCAAACGAACCGUAACCGUGUUUUCCACGACUUUCGCAAUGGCGUCUGCCGCAACCUGGUGUGCUCCGAUCUUCUCACCCGUGGUAUUGACAUUCAAGCUGUGAAUGUGGUUAUCAACUUCGAUUUUCCGAAAAACGCCGAGACUUAUCUCCACCGAAUCGGUAGAUCGGGACGUUUUGGACAUUUAGGUCUCGCCAUCAAUCUCAUCAACUGGGAUGACCGUUUCAACCUGUACAACAUCGAGCGUGAUCUUGGUACCGAAAUCUUGCCCAUUCCCCCAAGCAUCGAUAAGAAUCUCUACGUUUAUGAUGCUCCAGAGAACAUCCCGCGACCUGUUUCAAACUUCCAAACUGUUCAGAGCACUCGUCAACCGUCUAACCGCGAGUCUUCAUCGCGUGACCAACCACCUCAGCAGCAAGCCGGAAACCAACGCACUGGCGGGUCAGGUAACUACAACGCUGGACGAAACAACAGAACGAACCCCGGUCAAGAGCAAAGACAACCACCGAACCAACGCCAAGGUCAAGCCCAGGGCUUUUCUCGGGGCGGCGGCAAUUUUGACCAGGCUGGUCGACGAGGCGGCGGUAACCAGGGCCAACGUCAGAAUGGAUACCAAGGGCAGCGAGGCGGCCGUGAUCAAUCCACGCCGAUUCAAUAG